AUGCUCAAACGUAUUGUUGGAAUUCCUACAAGGCGUGUUUUCCAUAGAAGUGCGUUGUUAUUCAGCAAUGAUUUUGAAACUGUUCAUAUUCCAAACACCAAUCACUUCAAAGAUUUACUAAUUGCAAAAGGUAAAUUUCAAGAGGAUCAAGCAACAACGAUAGUGGAAAUAAUGACAGAAGCUAUUAGGGGCGGGGUGUAUCAUGUCUCACAAGAUCUGGCUAAGAGAGAAAAAUUGACACAACUAAGUUACCAACAGCGUGUUGAUUUCGCGAAGUUGAGAGAUCAGCUACUAAGUGCUGAUAGAAGUGAAUUUCAUAACAUCCAAAACGAAUACGAGAGUGUGAAAAAUGAUCUGGAGAAGUUGAGAAAUAAACUAAGAGAAGAAAUUACAAAGACUAACGCAGGCUUUAAGCUAGAUCUGUCCUUAGAAAAAGGUAGAAUUAGGGAAGAAAGUAGUCAUCAUGACUUGAAAAUAAAGGAAAUCGACACAAAAAUCGAGCAAGAAGUGACCAACAUGAAAAUGCAAAUUGAUUCUGUAAAGACUCAAGUCAUGCAAUGGUUGAUAGGUGUCUGCACGGGUACCUUUGCACUCGUAUUAGCAUACAUGAGACUAUUGACGUAG